CUUUCUGUGCAAACACUUGCAGAGCUUUUCCUCACAGGUCCGGCUUGCAUGGGCUUGCUUUGCUGCAGCACCAACUGUAGGUCCUACACACAAACAUCUUCAUAUUCCUAUGCUACAGUUGCUUAAUGUGAAGUUUUCUCUGUGGUAGGUGUCUGCUGUUAGCUCUGAGACCAAUGGCCUUAAGGGACUAACAUGACCUGCUGGCCUAUUCCGUAAGUUGAGGCCAUGACCAGGCAAGUGUUAAAACUUUAGGGCAAUAAGUCACCAGAUUUGAAAGAAAGAAAAUGUGUUCAUGUUGUUUUUGUAGCUUGAUUUCUAGUUAAAAAAAAAAGCUUAAAUAUACUUUUUAAAUAAACAAUCUUUUUUUUUGUCUUUCUACCCAAAGGCAUAAGAGAGACUUUUGUCUAGAAUGCUACCUCCACAAGGAUAAGGACUAUAUUUUAUGCUCUUUUGGUAACUUCCAUACCACUUAGCCAGUGGAGAACUCAACGACUAGUUCAAAUACGUGAGGAUGGUCCCAUUAGGUUACUAUGGAGCCCAGACACUCCUGUUGCCUCGUGACAUCGUAUCUGUCUUAAUACAGUCUAAGGCGUUACUCACAUACAGGACCUGCAGCUGUGUACAGCACGCAGUACUUGCUAAUGGUGAUGCUGUGCUUUCUGUUAUUACCAUAGAUGGUAUUGCUUCUGCUUUUAAAAACAGUUACUGUAGGACAGGAUGCCGUGUUGUGCCAGCAGCAGCCCCGUGCAGCUGUUAUCUGCAUCUGUUGAGUGUGUCAAGAGCCGCUGGAGUGACUGACCUAUGUCAUCUAGGUCUGGGGAAGAGCUCUGUCUGCAUGAUAACCAAGCAAAAGCAGGAUGAACUUCCUUUAUGGACUGCAGGCUGCCACGAGAAACCGUUUUCUCUCUGGAGUGACUUUCCUGGCCAACUGGAAACAGUGGAACCCACCAGCAGGCUGUUCACACCCACGAGGGCCCCUAGUCAUAAAUGCGAGCCGAGGACUUAACACAGUCCGUCAGUGUCAUUCGGUGAUUUUACUGCCUGGAAACUUCCAUUUCUAUAGGACUCUCAGUAACAAAAAAUCAAGAUGCUUUUCAAGUGCUCAAAGCCAGGAAAUGGGGGUGCUUACCUACAAACUGACUGUGUGGGGUGAUUCUUUUCCAAGACAAGGAUCGAGGAAAGUGGUUGGUGGUCCUUCUCUCACAGCCCCGUGCCCUCUGAGCUGCCCAGCCGGAAGAGUUGCCCAGAGUUUCCACACGUCCCCACGGGUUCUGGCUGCUCCAGUUCCUUUCUUGCUGCUCAUUCUGAAACCAGUGCAGAAGCUCCUUGCCAUCAUUGUGGGCAGGGGCAUACGGAAAUGGUGGCAAGCACUUCCUCCUAACAAGAAGGAGCUAUUUAAAGACAGUGUGAAGAAGAAUAAGUGGAAGCUGCUCCUCGGUCUGAGUGCCUCUGGCCUGCUGUUUGUAGUGUUUUAUUUCACUCACCUGGAAGUGAGCCCUGUCACCGGAAGGAGCAAACUGCUGUUACUGGGGAAGGAACACUUCAGACUUCUGUCAGACCUGGAAUACAAAGUGUGGAUGGAAGAAUUUAAAAACGAUAUGCUGCCUGAGAGAGACCCCCGACACCUGACUGUUAAAGAGGUGGUACAUCAUCUAACACAAUGCAAUCAAGAUGUCCCAGGGAUCCCCGAGAUCAACUGGGUGAUUCAUGUGGUUGAUUCCCCAGAUGUAAAUGCCUUUGUUCUUCCGAAUGGACAAGUGUUUGUUUUCACUGGGCUUUUGAAUAGUGUAACUGAUACUCACCAGCUCUCCUUCCUUCUGGGCCAUGAGAUUGCACAUGCGGUUCUGGGGCACGCCGCAGAAAAGGCUAGCUUGGUUCACCUACUGGAUUUCCUUGGUAUGAUUUUUCUCACAAUGAUUUGGGCUGUGUGUCCACGAGACAGCUUGGCACUUCUGGGACAGUGGAUACAAUCGAAGUUGCAGGAGUAUAUGUUUGACAGACCAUACAGUAGAACACUGGAGGCCGAAGCUGACAAAAUUGGACUACAGCUUGCUGCAAAGGCCUGUGUGGACGUAAGAGCCAGCUCAGUAUUUUGGCAGCAGAUGGAGUUUUCAGAGAGUCUUCAUGGCCACCCCAAGUUACCAGAGUGGCUGUCGACACACCCCUCUCAUGGAAACCGAGCUGAGCACUUGGACAGACUCAUACCACAGGCUCUCAAACUUCGGGAGGUCUGUAAUUGCCCACCACUCUCUGGACCAGACCCUCGGCUGCUGUUCAAGCUUACCGUGAAGCAUUUUCUUGAAGACUCAGAGAAAGAGGACCUAAACACCACUGUUAAGAAACAGAAAAUGGAUGCUCUCCCCAUUCAGAAACAGGAACAGAUACCACUGACAUACAUAGUUGAGAAAAGAACUACAGGUUGAACUGAAAUGUGUGAGACUUGGGGUAUGAAGAAUAUAGCGAUCUUCAUCAUUUUUAUGUGACUCCUAAAAAUGAUGUUUUAAAUGAAAAAAAGAGGAUAUUCAAGGUCAAGUCAUGUCUAUUAUAGAUACCUGAAUUUUUCUAGAUUUGUAUCUUUCAUAAAAUAUUAUUGUAUUUUAAUCUAUUUUGAAAUACUUCCAAUGAGGAAAACAUCACAGAAUAAAUUUAUAUUAUUAUCCAUA